CUAUUGUAGAUAACAAGCAAGCAGCAUACCCACAUAACCGUGUUAACAAAGAUUUCUCUGCUUUGUUAAAGUCAUUAAUGUAUAAUUGUAGAUAAAUAUUAUAAUUUCAGGGCACAUUUUCUGUGGUUCAAGCACACACAGAUCAGGUUACACUGUGAGUAAACAACGAGACUUGAUAAACCAUGGCAGAGAUCCAGUCUGCUGUGGAGUCUGACCUCGAUCCCAACAAAGAUGACCUGCCCCUGCGAGCAAACACCAACCACAUGCUGGUCAGACACUACGUUCUGGACCUGGCCGUUCACUUUGAGAGUAAGACCAUCGGUGGCAGUAUUGUUCUCUUCCUUGAGCCUGGCAAAGGAGCAGAGAGCACGGAGAUCCCAGACUCCGCUCCCCUUGGGGCAUCCACCACGUCUCUCCCCCCUCUUUGUGAGCAGCCAAAACAGGAGCCUCAGCUCCAGCUCCAUCCGCAACCUGGUGCCACAGAAGUCACAGCGGAGACCUGCGCUCAUAAACACGUUGAGGGAACUGAGGCACGUCCAUGGGAGGAAGGUGCGUCUGAGGAGUUCACCUUAGUGUUAGACUGCUGUGAUCUGUCGGUGUCAAAGGUAGAGGAGGUGGAUGUGGCGUCUGUUCCGGCCAUGAGAGCACUGUUGGGUGACUGUGAGCAGCCUCCUCAAGCAAGAUGUCUCUCGUUCACACUGGUGGAAAGACUGCUGGCCCUGUCCUCUUCCUGCUGGAGGGAGCAGCACGACUUGUACCUCCAGUGCAGUACCGCCCCCUGCCCAGAGGGAGCAGCGCCCCUCAGCUUCCACACGGACCGCUGGAGCCUGCAGCUUAGGAAGAGAGGAGUCGGCUCGCCGAGUGGCUUCCCUCGCGUCCUCCGCAUCUGGUACGAGACCAAACCCGAGGGGGCCUCGGUGAGGUGGACCGACACUCAAGAUGGCAGGUGCUGCGUGUACACCAUGGGCUCUCCUAUCAACAACAGGGCCCUCUUCCCAUGCCAGGAACCACCUGUUGCCAUGUCAACGUGGCAGGCCACUGUUGUGGCCCCCGCUGAAUACACGGUUCUUCUCAGUGGGGAGAACCGCGCGGUACCCGUCCAAAAGGAGUCUGGAUUGUCACGUUGGGCCUAUUAUGUUACCAUGCCAAUGCCUGCCUCCACUUUUACCUUGGCAGUGGGACAGUGGCACGAAGCCCGAGCAAAAUCUGGCACGGCUGUGCCAGAGUUCCAGGGCGCCCCUGAUGGCCCUGCCCAGACCCAGAGCGUGUGCUCUCACGUGGACUACCCGUGCCGCUUCGCCCUGACCCCAGCCUGGCGGGAGGCCGUCAUCCCCCACCGCGUCUUCUCUCCCGCCUGCCUCCUGCCGCAGGUGGAAGCUGUGGUGGUGCCUCACCUGCCCGCCUGUCUGGCCGCCGCCCACGCCGUGCUGGGCGUCCACCCGUUCUCUCACCUGGACGUCCUGCUCGUCCCCUCAGGGUUCUCCAGUCUGGGGAUGGCGAGCCCCCAUGUGGUGUUCCUGUCCCAGAGCGUGCUGGCGGGCCCCCCGCACCUGUGCGGCGCCCGCCUGUGCCACGAGAUCGCCCACGCCUGGUUCGGCCUCGCCAUCGGGGCGCGCGACUGGACCGAGGAGUGGAUCAGCGAGGGCUUCGCCACCUACCUGGAGGACGUGCUGUGGGCGAAAGUGCAACAGUUGAGCCACCGUCAGGAGGAGGACCAGCUGCAUCUGAGGGCUCUGUUGAGGUGGAGGCGUCUCCAUGAUGAGCUGCAGAACUCCGAGCAGGAACUCCAGAUCCUCAGGCCCCACAAGGAGAGCACCGGAGCAGUGGCCGAGUCCGGAGCGUCCACGGUGAAGCAUGGCCUCAACCCGGAGAAGCCCUUCAUGCAAGUCCACUACCUCAAGGGGUAUUUCCUGUUGAAGUUUCUGGCCAGCUUCACCGGGCACGAGCAGUUCCUCGCCUUCCUUCGGCUGUUUGUGAGCACAUACCACGGACAGCUUGUUCUCUCUCAGGAUUUCUUGCGGAUGCUCCUGGAUCACUUUCCAGACGUGAAGAGACGGGGCCUCGCCCUGGAGGGCAUCUAUGCAGACUGGCUGGAUGCGCCUGGAAUACCUAAGUGGCUGACGGAGGAAAGUGCUGCCUGGAUUCAGUCGCCGCUGGUCGCAGAAGUCCAACAGGAGGUCACAAAAUGGAUUCACUUCAGUCGUGGCCAUGGAAAGGGCACCAAGCGGAAGAGAGGGGAUCCCUCUCUGAAGGUGAACUUCAAAGAGAUGGGUCCGGAGCAGACCGUGUUGCUUUUGGAGAUGCUGCUGGAGGAGGAGAAGAUGAGUGCAGGUGUGCUGCAGACCCUGGAGAGAACCUACAACCUGAGGACACAGGACGCUGAGGUCAAGCAUCGCUGGUGCGAGCUGGUGGUCAAGCACAAGCACAGCGCAGCCUACAAGGAUGUGGAGGACUUCUUGAUUGACAACCAGGCCAUGGGUGUGUACCUGUACGGGGAGCUGAUGCUGCAGGAGGACAGUGGUCAGCAGGCUCUGGCCCGCCGCUGCUUCUCUCGGACCCAGGAGCACAUGGACCCGGCCGCCCUCGCCGUGGUGUCCGAGAUGAUCCUGUGACCUCCGACCCCCGAGAGACGGAGGAGAGGGGAGGACUUCCUCUUCCACACACCACAGACGGCCCUCCGGAGACCUGCGGCAGGCGGGGAGCGAUGGAAACGUCGCAGACUUCAGCUCCGCUCCGAGGCGCACUCGCGUCGACAUUAAACAGCGGGGGAAAGAAAUCAAACCAACUGUGAAAAGAGCUCAAUUUCAAUUUAGUUUAUUUUUGUAUUACUACUUGUGGGACAAACACAAUGGAAAACACUGUUCAAAUAAAUACGUUUUGUACAAAAAAAA